AUGACGGCGGGGAAGGAGGCGGGCGCCGGCACCAAGUGCUACGUGCCGGACGACACGUACGUGUGGCUGCCGGCGCAGAUCCUGCGCGAGGACAAGAGCACGGACCCCAAGCGGCCCGAGAAGACGCUCGUGCUGCGCGUCUUCCCUCCGCCGGGCGACAGCGGCGUCGUCGUGGACGAGGAGCGCGUGCUGGACUUCAAUGAGCCCAAGGUCAAGGCGCUGCUGCAGAGCCUGCAGCUCGAGUCGCUGCCCUACCAGAACGACAACCUGGGUCCGGACGGCAUCGAGGACAUGACGGCGCUCAAUUACCUGCACGAGGCCGCCAUCCUCUACAACGUCAAGAAGCGCUUCCUGCAGAAGCUGCCGUACACGUACACGGGGGACAUCUGCAUCGCCGUGAACCCGUACCAGUGGCUGCCAGAGCUCUACUCGGAGCAGACGCAGUCGCAGUAUCUUACGAAGGCGCGGGACGAGCUGCCGCCCCACGUGUACGCGACGUCCAUGGCGUCCUACAACGACAUGAAGCGCCAUGAAGUGAACCAGUCCAUCCUGGUGAGCGGAGAGUCGGGCGCUGGCAAGACGGAGACGACCAAGAUCCUCAUGAACCACUUGGCGUCGGUCGCCGGUGGGCUCAACGACUACACGAUCAAGAAGAUCAUUGAGGUGAACCCGUUGCUGGAGUACUUCGGUAACGCCAAGACCGUGAGGAACGACAACAGUAGUCGAUUCGGCAAGUUCACGCAGCUGCAAUUCGACAACGCCGGCACGCUGGUGGGAGCUAGAUGCAGGACGUACUUGCUGGAGAAGACUCGUGUGAUUUCCCACGAAGAGGCGGAACGCAACUACCACAUUUUCUACCAGCUCCUGGCAGCGAGCGAUAGCAAAGAGAAGUGGUUUUUGGACGACGCCAACGAGUGCUACGCGUACACGGGCGCUAACAAGACGAUUAAGAUCGAGGGCAUGUCGGAUGACAAGCAUUUUGAGCGCACCAAAACGGCACUUGGACUUAUCGGCGUCACGGAGGAACGCCAGGAAGUUCUGUUUGAAGUGCUCGCAGGUGUGUUGCACCUCGGACAAGUGGAGAUUCAGGCGAAGAAUAAUAAUGAAGAAUCCGAAAUCGUGCCGGGUGAUCAAGGAGCGGUGCACGCUACCAAGCUUCUGGGUAUCUCGGCGGAAGAUCUGGAGAAGGCGCUGUGUUCACGACAGAUUGCAGUGGCCGGAGAUAAGGUCACGGCCUUUUUGAAGAAGGACAAGGCUGAAGAAUGUCGCGGGGCUCUGUCAAAGGCCAUUUACUCCAAUGUGUUCGACUGGCUGGUCGAAACGAUUAACACGUCACUGGAGAACGAUAAAAAGAUGCGCCACCAUGUGGGUAUUCUCGAUAUCUUUGGCUUCGAGCACUUCCAGCAUAACUCCUUCGAGCAGUUUUGCAUCAACUACGCCAACGAGAAACUUCAGCAGAAAUUCACCCAGGAUGUUUUCAAGACCGUCCAGAUCGAGUAUGAAGCCGAAGGUAUCUUCUGGAGCCACAUCGACUUCGCUGAUAAUCAGGAUGUGAUUUCUGUGAUCGAAGACCGUCUUGGUAUCAUUUCUCUGCUCAAUGACGAGGUGAUGCGACCCAAGGGCAACGACGAGUCUCUUGUCUCGAAGCUCUCAACUAUUCACAAAGACGAACAGGACGUCAUCGAGUUCCCGCGCACGUCGCGCACACAGUUCACUAUCAAGCAUUAUGCUGGGGCAGUCACGUAUGAAUCGCUGGGCUUCCUUGAAAAGCACAAAGACGCACUGCUGCCUGACUUGUCCGACCUGAUGCGAGGGUCGUCCAAGGAGUUCCUCAGGGUAAUUUUCGCUGAAAAAAUUGCCAGUCCUUCUGCCACGCGGAAGAAGAGCAAUAGCAAUGCCCGGGGUCUUGGUGGUCGAGCUGCGGGAGGCGCACUAACCGUAGCAAACGUUGGCACCCAAUUCAAAGACAACCUCAACGAGCUCAUGACCAGUAUCCGACAAACGAAGGUGCACUACGUGCGCUGCAUUAAGCCCAACAAGAACAAGAGUCCAAGCGAAAUGGAUCAGCUGAUGGUGGUGUCGCAACUACGAUGUGCUGGUGUGAUCGAGGCGAUCCGCAUUUCGCGCGUUGCGUAUCCGAACAGACUGCUGCUAGAGGAAUUGGUCGAUAAGUUCUGGAUUUUCGACGUGCAGCACCGGAAUACCGAUGUCCCUGUCAAAAAGAGGUGCGAGGCGCUGAUGAAAAAGAUGGAAUUGUCCUCGCCGGAGCAAUACCAGAUUGGACUUUCGCGCAUUUACUUCCGGUAUGGAAUUCUGGAGCAAAUGGAGGACAAAAAAGCAGAGAGGUUGGAUCUCCAAGCCCGGCACUUGCAGCACUACAUGCGUGGAUUUUCUUGCAGACUCCGCUAUCUCCGCAAGCUGCAAGCAAUUGUCAAUGCAGUGAUUGCCCUUCAAGCACACUGGCGUGGGUACAAGGGUCGUUGCAUCGCACUUGAGGCAAAGAAAAACAAGAGCGCGAUCAUUAUCCAGAAAUAUGCUCGUCGCUUUGUCAAACGUAAGCAGUUUAAGGAUGAGCGGAAGGGUGCUGUGAAGAUCCAAGCGUUCUUGCGCAUGAAGUACGAGCGACCAAAGUUUAUGAAGGCUCUUCAGGAGAAGAAGCAGCAAGCUGACAUGGAGUAUCAGUUAAGCAAGCUGCAGGAGCGUCUGCAUGAUGAGCAGCGACGAAAUGCUGAGCUCAAAAAGGAUCGGUUGUCCACGUCAUCUAAUGACAGCCAGCUCUACGCAGAGACCAAUGGGACACGUGAGAUCGAAAAACUCAAGUUUGACCAAACGGUUCUUACGGGGAACUUUCAAGUUAAAAUCCGCGGGUUCCAAGAUACGAUUCGAGAGAAAGAUAAGAAGCUCGACGCGGUGGAACGCGAAUGCGUAAAGCUUCGUGAACUUGUAGGCUCUGAUCCGAUGCUCUCAAGCCAAAGAUCUACGCGAAAGGACCGCCGAUCCGUCUUCCGAAGAUUGGGAUCCAAGAAGGAGUUUGACGAUGGUUUCGAUCAUGGAGAUGCUAGCCGAGCCUCAACAGCCGUGCAGGCAGCGCUCACUCAGAAAACAGCAGAAACGGCGCAGUUCCUUCGGCAGUCUGCGCAACGUAUGUCGCGUGCCUCGUUGUGGCGCCACAACAGUGGUGGCGACAGCGACAACGAGAAUCGUUAUUCUGGAAGUGACAUGGGCGACUCCGCCGGUCGGCCGUCGCUUCUGCAAGAGGUCAGUGCUGCUGGUGCUGGCGCUAUGGAGUCUUUGAAGAAUCGACUCACCGCCGUGAAGGAUAAGUAUUACGGCGAGGAAGGAUCAUCCGCUGCAUCCCGCCAGAAUGUUGAACUGCGGAGAGCUUCUGCAGCAAGAGAGUCCUUCAACUUGGACGCACUGCCCCUUCCUCCUGGUUGGGAGGCUCGGUUGUCCCGCUCGAAGGGCAAGAUGUAUUACUGUAACCCGACCUUGCGAAUUACGCAAUGGGACCACCCGGCCAUCGAGCCAACCAAAGGGAAAAAGCAAGCAGCUGCAGCUGUACAGCGCGCGAAAAGGUAA